GUACCUGGGACACACAUGAAAAUCCAUUUAAGAGCGGAAAAGCUCCCAGCUGCAGUCUUGUGUCUGUAGGCAGGAGGUAAGAGACAUUCCACCUCCAUAGGCCAGUUUUCCACUUGGAAAGUUUGGGUGUCCGCCCACUCUUCCUUCUGCUGGUGUAGCAGCUCAUGGACGGUUGUUGCCUUUAAGCAGCCCUGUAAAGACUGAGAGGGGACAAGAUGGCAUCCCAGCAGUUCUACAUGAGGUUAAUGGGUCUGGCUGUGUUGCUGACACUGCUGGCUCUUAGGGAAGUGUCCAGUGACAGCAGCUUGCACCGGAUCUUGAGGAAAAGAGAAGUGGCAGGAGCAGGUACUGCUCCCUCAAAGUCCUCUGUAGCCGUCCCCUCUACCAAGGCUCUGGAGUUCCUGUCCAAACUGAGCAGAACCAAGAGGAACGUCUGGGAUCGCAGCAGACCGGACGUACAGCAGUGGAUUAUGCAGUUUAUGUACAUGGGAUUUGAUGAGCAGAGGCUGGAGGCCGACCUGUCGUACUGGAUGGACCACGCUCGCUCCACUGACCAAGGCCGCCAGCACCACUAUGAUGAAAACUCCCCCAUCGGCCCGCGUGACCCUAGUUCUUACAGACAUGGUGCUAAUGUCAACUAUGACUACUAUUGACUCAAGCCUGUGACGACUCCACGCAGCUAACAAAAUUCAAGUACUCCACAGCUGCGUCUUUGUUUCUUUGUCACAUCCACCAGUAUAAUCCAUUCUCAAAACUUUCUCAUCGUCAAUAUAUUUUAUUUCCUUUUCACUGCUCUCCAAAUUUAGAUUUGAGGCAGCUGAUUUGUAUGAAAUACUGUUCAAAUCUGAUGUUGUGACGUCAGUUUUCUUAUCUCUAGAUUCUUGUAAAUAAAGAUGUGGCUUUGUACUGCUCGA